AUGCCGCUCCUUACUGGGACAGAGAAUGUGACUGUGCUUCCAGCAGCUUUUCAGGCGGGUGGGAAGCGCGGAGCCCAGCAGCGCUGGGCAUACCCACGGCACAGCGAGCCGGGCUCUGCCCGGGCACGGCUCUGCCCCGGCACGGCUCUGCCCCCGGCUCUGCCCCCGGCACGGCUCUGCCCCGGCACGGCUCUGCCCCGGCACGGCUCUGCCCCGGCACGGCUCUGCCCCGGCUCUGCCCCCGGCUCUGCCCCGGCACGGCUCUGCCCGGGCACGGCUCUGCCCGGGCACGGCUCUGCCCCGGCACGGCUCUGCCCCGGCACGGCUCUGCCCCCGGCUCUGCCCGGGCACGGCUCUGCUCCCGGCACGGCUCUGCCCGGGCACGGCUCUGCCCCGGCACGGCUCUGCCCCGGCACGGCUCUGCCCCCGGCUCUGCCCGGGCACGGCUCUGCUCCCGGCACGGCUCUGCCCGGGCACGGCUCUGCCCCGGCACGGCUCUGCCCCGGCACGGCUCUGCCUCCGGCUCUGCCCCCGGCUCUGCCCAGGUACGGCUCUGCCCCGGCACGGCUCUGCCCCAGGCACGGCUCUGCCCCGGCACGGCUCUGCCCCCGGCUCUGCCCAGGUACGGCUCUGCCCCGGCACGGCUCUGCCCGGGCACGGCUCUGCCCCCGGCUCUGCCCCAGGCACGGCUCUGCCCCCGGCUCUGCCCCGGCACGGCUCUGCCCGGGCACGGCUCUGCCCCAGGCACGGCUCUGCCCCAGGCACGGCUCUGCCCCAGGCACGGACGGCACCGCGCCUUUCCGCAGGUACCGCACGGCCCGUGCACGAAACAAAUGGCACAGGGUGCUGGCGGCGCGAUUCCUCACAGGGCCCGUGGGCCGGGGACACUCCGGGGCCGCUCCGGGGACACUCCGGGGCCGCUCCGGGGACACUCCGGGGCCGCUCCGGGGACACUCCGGGGCCGCUCCGGGGACACUCCCGGGCCCGCUCCACACGGAGCCGGCGCCCUUUGCCGGGCCCUGCGCGCUCCCGCCGCCGGCGGCGCCCCCUGGCGGGCAUGGCUGCCCCGGCACGCGCGCUCCCGCCCGCCCAGCCGCGUCCCGCCGGGAUCGCUCCUGCCGGGAGGCGCCGCCGCCUUCUCCCAGCGCCCAGACGGGCCCGGUUAGCCCUGCCACCGAUACAACCAGGGGGAAAUGGAGCGAAGCCACCAGCUCGUGCCAUCUGUGCCGCUGCUGA